UCUCUCUCUCUCCCCCUCUCUCUCUUUCUCUCUGUAUGGUGCUCAGGUGUGCUCUUACAUGCUGAGACUCCAUGUCAUUCCCGCUCUAAUCACAGUCAGGGUCUGGAGCAGGUAAGCGCUGAUUCUGGAAGCGUACAGGGAAGACUGCUCAUACUUAGGUCUGGCAGCCAACGACCUGCAGGAUGGUUUCUCUGUUCCUGCUCGUGUUGCUGGUACCUGGGGCCCUCCUCCAGGAAGACUGUGAUGUCAACUCUUGCCACCCCCAGCUGGGGGACCUGAUGGUGGGCCGCGCUGCCCAGCUCUCCGCCUCCUCCACCUGUGGACGGAACGGGCCCCAGAACUACUGCAUCCUCGGAUACCUGGAGGAUGAGCAGAAGUGUUUCAAAUGUGACUCCAGGCAGCCCUACAACCUCUACAACAACCAAAACAGCCACCAGAUUGAGAACGUCAUCACCACCUUUGGCCCUGAGCGCAAGAUGAAGUGGUGGCAGUCUGAGAACGGGGUUCAUCAAGUCAGUAUCCGGCUGGAUCUGGAGACUCUAUUCCAGUUCAGCCAUCUUGUCCUCACUUUCAAGAGUUUCCGUCCUGCCGCCAUGCUGGUGGAGAGGUCCAAAGACUACGGGUACAGUUGGAAGGUGUUCCGUUACUUUGCCGAGGACUGUGCCUCCCACUUCCCUGGGGUCUCACAGGGGCCGGCUGACAGCACCGAUGACGUCGUCUGUGACAGCAGAUACUCCGCCUCAGAGCCAUCUACUGACGGAGAGGUGGUGUUGAAGGCUCUAGAUCCAAGCUUUGACAUAGAGAACCCAUAUGCUCCCCAUAUUCAAGAGCAGAUCACCUUGACCAACCUGCGGGUCAACUUCACCCAUCUGUUCACCCUGGGUGACACCCUACUGGGGCGGAAGAAGAGGAACCCUCAGGAGAAGUACUACUAUGCCCUGUACGAAAUGGUGGUGCGCGGCAGCUGCUUCUGUAAUGGCCAUGCCAGCAUGUGUAUGCCCGUGGAUGGCACCCGGGGUGACGUCUUAAAUGAGCCUGGCGUGAUUCACGGGCGCUGUGUAUGCCAACACAACACUGUGGGCACAAACUGUGAGAGAUGCCAGGACUUUUACAACGAUGUCCCCUGGAGGCCGGCUGGCCAAUCUGACCCACAUGCCUGCAGAAGGUGUAACUGUCACGGUCAUUCGGAGACAUGUCACUUCGACAUAGACCAGUACCAGGCCAGUGGGGGGGUCAGCGGGGGGGUGUGUGACGGCUGCCGACACGACCGCAUGGGUCCCCAGUGUGAACGCUGCCGACCCUAUCUCUAUCAAGACCCCCAGCUCUCCAUGGAAGACCCUCGGGGCUGUAUCUCAUGUGACUGUGACCUGACGGGGUCCCUGGAUAACGGCCUUUGUGACCCCGUGUCGGGCCGCUGCGUGUGUAAGGAGAACGUGGCAGGGGACAGGUGUGAUCGCUGUAAAUUUGGCUUCUACGGGUUCAGCCAGGAGGACCCCACUGGCUGCCAGAGGUGCAGGUGUAACUUCCUGGGUAGUGUCCUGAUCCCCUACCCAUGUGACCAGGUGACAGGCCAGUGUAUAUGUCAUCGCUUCGCCAUGGGACCCCUGUGUGACCAAUGUCUGCCAGGUUACUGGGGUCUGGGGAACACUGUACACACCUGCUCACCUUGUGACUGUGACCAUGGAGGAGCCUACAGCAGCACGUGCUCUUCAUUGGACGGCCAGUGUCAGUGCCUGCCAAACAUGGUGGGCCGGAGCUGUGGUGAUCCUGCCCCGGGACAUUUCCUGGCUGCUCUAGACUACUACCUGUAUGAGGCAGAGAACGCUGCCCCACUGGAGGGAAAAAGCUCCUCCCCUCUGUUGAAACCCACAGACCUGCCUGUGUGUGAGGAAUACUACAAACAGCAGGGCUAUGACAUCAAAUAUCAAAAUGGCCGCUUGGUCCUGACCAGGAGAAGCAAAAGACAAGCCAGGAGGAGAAGACAGGGACAGAGGUCCAUUCCCCUGGACCCAGGCUCAGCCCUCCAGAUUGUGCCCCGGGAGAGGACACCAGAUGUACCAAUCACUUGGACCGGCCCAGGAUUCGUGCGGGUCCUGGAUGGUGCUGGGCUUAGGUUCACUGUGGACAACCUCCCAGCGUCCCUCGACUACCAUCUAGUCAUCCGCUAUGAACCAGAGUCGCCAGAUGACUGGAUGGCCUCUGUGAGCAUUGUUCCAUUAUUGGCUGGUGACGGAGGUUGUCCCACUAGCCCGAAAGGGGAGAAAACCCUCACCAUACCUGGGGCUGCCAGGGUUGCCAUUUUGGAUACGCCUGUGUGUCUGAACGCGGGAAGAAGAUAUUAUGUGGACAUCACUUUUAGGAAGCAGCCCAACUCUAACCCUCAGUCCAGCUCACAUACCCUCGUCGACUCAAUGGGUCUGAUCCCUAAGAUGGAGUCUGUGCAGGACUUCUGUUCACAGAGUGAGCUGGACUCUUUUAGAAGAUUCCGCUGUUUUGAGUUGGCUGCUGAGCAGGAGACCCUGCCUGAUGUGUGUUAUGGCCUCAUUGGAAGCCUGUCGGCUCGCAUACACAACGGUGCCAUGCUUUGCAGGUGUAACAUCCAGGGUUCUCAUGGCCCCUACUGCAGUAAAUUCGGAGGGCUCUGUGAGUGCAAGGCCAACGUGGUUGGCCGCUGCUGUGACUCCUGCGCCCCCUUGAACUUCGGCUUCGGACCCAACGGCUGUGCACCCUGUGAGUGUGACCGUCGCGGUGCAGUGGCAGAGCUGUGUGACCAGGUCAGAGGUCAGUGUCCGUGUCGUAUGGAGGUGGGCGGGCGACGCUGUGAUCGUUGCCUGUCUGGGUACUACGGCUUCCCACUGUGUCGGCCCUGUAAGUGCAACGGCCUGGCUGAACUGUGUGACCAGGACACUGGAGCCUGCCUGGACUGCAGGGAGCACUCCACCGGAUACAAUUGUGAGAGCUGUGUGGAGGGUUACUUUGGUGACCCAGUCUCCAGGGAGCCCUGUAAGCCUUGUCUGUGUCCUGACACUCAGUCCAGUGGACGGUUCUUUGCCAGCACCUGCAACAAGGACCCAGAGUCUGGUAGCCUGACUUGUGACUGCCUGGCUGGACACACAGGUCUCCGCUGCGAUGCCUGCUCCGCUGGUUUCUACGGCGGCCUGACCGCGCCGGGCGGCGGCGGCUGCGAAGAGUGUCUCUGUAACAACAACAUCGACCCUGCUGACAGUGACGCGUGUGACAGUGUGACGGGCGAGUGUUUGCGUUGCCUCCACAACACCCAGGGACCCCGCUGUCAGAGCUGUAAGCCUGGCUACUAUGGAGACGCACUGGCCCAGGACUGCAAAGAGUGCUCCUGUGACCGGCAGGGAACGGAUGUGACCCAGUGCCCUCUGGGCAGCCCGUGUUUCUGUGACCCGCUGACGGGUCAGUGCCCGUGUCGGGCGGGCGCGGUGGGCACGCUGUGUGACGAGUGUGCCACCGGCUUCUGGAACAUUCAGGGAGAGUCCGGGUGCCAACCGUGCAAAUGUGACCCUGCUAACUCCUUCAAUAACCACUGUGACAAGGUGACUGGUCAUUGCCAGUGUCAUACUGAGUUUGGAGGAAGACAGUGUGAUGAGUGUGGGGAAAAUCACUUUGGGAACCCUGACCUGCAGUGUGUUUCCUGCGAUUGUAACAUGGAGGGUACCGACCGCCCCGCCUGCAACCCAUUGACGGGUGAGUGUCUGUGCCGCAUUGGUGUGAUGGGCAUCUUCUGUGAUGAGUGUGCCCCUGGGUAUGACCAAGUCUUCCCCGCCUGCCUCCCGUGCCACCCCUGUGCCGUCCUGUGGGCGGACAACGUCACCGACGUCCACCGUGCCGCCCAGAGGAUGCGCACCUUCAUCCCUCCCCACGGCGAACAGCUGGAGCCUGGACACAGUCGUCAGUUGCAACGAAUGCUAGAGAUGCACUCCAAGCUGGACUAUCUGGGGAACCUGACAGGGAGAUCUCUACCUCGGGUGAAAGACGUGGAGAAGCUGUGUGUCAUAAUCUCGAAGCUCAAAGACUCCAUAGACCCCAACGCCAUCAUCGUGGACUCAUCAUCUCUUCUGAACACUGAGAUCGACAACAUCCACCACGAGUUCAAGAUGCUGUUGGAUAACUUAAGGAACAAAAUCAGCGAGGCUCCAACACUAGAUCUAAAAGAAAUGCAGGAGGCCCUGGAGAAGAUCCGGAAGCAGCAUGCAGACUUCAUGGCUGAUGAGAAGAAGGUGAAGGAGGCCGAGAGGGCCCUGGAGAACUCCAUGGACACACGGCAGGAAAUCAAAGACCAUCUGUCCAGCUGCAGCAUCUUGGGAGACAUGGAGGGGCUGGAGAAGAAGGUCAAGGCUCUGAGUGUGGCCAAACUCAACAAAAACAUCUGUGGAGGCCCAGGCGAUGAGGAAUGCUCCAAAUCAGAGUGUGGGGGUGCGCUGUGUCGAGACUUCCUGGGACAGAGAGAAUGUGGGGGUCCUAUGUGCAAGGGCAGCUUCCCUGUGAGCCACAAUGCCACAAAAACAGCUGAGCAAGUAGAGAAUGACCUUAUCGACCUGCUCCAAAAACUAAAGGACUCCAAGAUCAAGAUCAAUGAGGCCAAACAGAUGACCCAAGGCACUCAUGAGCAGGCAAAGGAGCUACAGAAGAAGAUCACUGACAGCAAGGAGAAGUUUAAGAGGGAGAAGAAUGACACCAAGGACCUCAUCAAUAGGGUCAAAGACUACCUCACAGAUGAGAUGGUGGCGCCAGAGGACAUAGAGAAUUUGGUCAAGGUUGUUCUGGCCAUCCAGCUGCCGGGCUCUCCGGACGACAUCCGCUCCAUGAUCCAGAACAUCCGGGGCGUGCUGACCAACUUCAUUGAUUUCAAAGAGGAUCUGAAAAAACUGAAGGACCAAGCCAAGACAGCCCAGGACCUGCAGGAGAAGGCUCAGGCUAUCAGGGACAGAAUCAGGGGUAUUGAUGUUACGGAUCUCAAGAAAACCAUGACGGACACUGAGAAUACACAGGACAGGGUCGAGCAAGACCUGGAGAAGGCUAAGGAAAGCAAUGGCGUGUCGGACAAGAUGAUUAAAGAGAUUGAGAAGAAACUGAACAACAUAGAGACUAACUUGAACUCUACUAGAACUCCAGAGAUGCUGGAGGAGAUUGAGGUUCUGAAGAGCAAGACCGAGAUGAACAGAGAGCAGGCGGAGCAGGCCAAAGCUGAUGCAGAUGCAGCCAUAGGUGCCACUACUGACGCAGAGAAGGGGCUUGACAAGGUGACUGCGCUGUUUGAUAGGCUAAAGACGGGAAACACAAACCAGACCGAUAAUGAAGCGGCCAACGAACGCCUGAAGAACAUUACUGUGGAGGCAGAGAAAGUCGCAAAAGACGUCCAAGAUAAAAUGAAACAAAUUGACGACUUGGAGAAAAAGAUCCAAGACUUCAUCAGAAACAAAGAGGACAAGGCCAAGGAGGUUGCCAUGUUGCUGGAGAUGGUAGAAGCCCUCCAAAAGGAGAUUGCUGCGCGUGUGGAUGGUUACAUUAACUGUACCUCCUAACACCCCCAAGGUGGAUCAAGAGAUGAUUCAGGGUCACAGACAUCUGGACCGCUGCGCCACAAAAGGCCCUGCAUCUCAGUGCAAGAGGUGUCACUACAGUACCUGGUUCGAAUCCAGGCUGCAUCACAUCCGGCCAUGAUUGGGAGUCCCAUAGGGCGGCACACAAUUGGCCCAGCGUCGUCCGGGUUUGCCCGG